ACCCAACAACUGACGAGCAUCACUCCACAGCCGACCAUAGCAGAGAGCAACAGCACGUCGUGUCUCUAUCCGAGGCCGGAUGGUAAAAUCCAACCUCCAGCGGAUCCUAAACAGUCAUUGCUUUGCUCGCGAAAAAGAAGGAAAACAGACUUUUGCUGCCAUGGCUGAUUUAAGUAGUAGUAUCUGUGACAUGAUUGGCAACCUGGCCCUGCACUGUAGUAGUACCCGCAGCCCGGGGCCUCUGUGGUGCUCCGAUGCCCCUCUCCCACCCCUGAAGAUCCCAGGUGGGCGAGGGAAUGGCGCACGGGAUCACACUCCUUCAGCUCUGCCACUCUACUCGGACAGGAAAUUAACAGUGACUGAAGAGCCCGCGGGGAACGGUCGCCCGGGCAUGCUCCACUUCCAGAGUCGCCCCACUGUUACCAAGGCAGUGCAGUGGGAUGCUGUGCUGAGCAGCAACGCGCUCUACGUGGAGAUACCCCAAGACCCUCUUCCCGAGGGCAGCAAGGAGAGUUUGGCAGCUCUCCUGGAGUACGCUGAAGAACAUCUGAAAGUCGACAGCGUGUUUGUCUGCUUUUACAAGAACAGAGAGGAACGUGCCAAGCUAGUGCGUACGUUCAGUUUCCUGGGCUUUGAGAUUGUGAAACCGGGCCAUGCCCUCGUCCCACCUCGUCCUGACGUUCUCUUCAUGGCCUACACCUUCGACAGGGACUCUUCGGACGAGGACUAGUUCCCCGGACGACUCCCCCCACCCCUGUGCUCGACCCAACUCCGUUUAGCCCCUCCUUCUCCCCCAAGUAGAUUUAGUUUCCACCACCACGUCGUUUGCCCCUCCCGUGCUUUAAAUCUUGUUACCUCUGCAUCCUCCCCCACCUCCCAUUUGAUUCUAUAGGUUUACAUUAUAUAUCGUAAUUUUAGUAGAGAACAGAAAAAAGGUUUUAAUCAAGUCUCCUUUAUGUAAUCCAGAUGCUAACGAGCACACCUUUUUGUUCUCCCACCCAGAUGAUAGUUAGAGGUGCAUUUAGAUUCCACCCUGUCUUAUCUGUAUAUCUUUAUUAAACUACCAUCAUAUAAGGUUCAUGGGUAGGUCAGUGUUGUUUUAAGAAGAAGAAACCGCAGGAUUUUUUGUUUCUCGUUUGGAUUUUUGGAUGAGCGUGUUGCAAUUGCAAACUUGUUUUUGUUAAAUUCUUAGCAUUUUUUUUUUUAUCUGUAUGGUUCCCCUGGUCAUUGACUGAGAAGAAGGAUUCUUCGUUUCUUGAAUGUACAACAAAAACGUCAGAUGGAUACACGUGUAAUGGCUGCCUUGCCUUCAUGUCACUGGUUCUAGUGCCGAACAUCAGGACUUCAUCCCCGAUUCCCAACGUAUCCUAUUGCAGUUACCAAGUGUCGUCUGUAGGACGGCACUGCAUUAUAAGCAUUGGGAUUGUACACAAGGCUCUGAGCAACAACCCCAAUUAUUGGUACUUUAUAGCUGGAUAGUAAUUCAAGUUAGAUAUGUAAGGUUUUGAGUGAAAAACAUGGAUGCUGUUGCAUGUGACUGAUUCAGAGGCCUCAGUUUUGGCUUCUUUCUGUGAUGUAUACCUGAUGUUAUUGUAGCAUUUUGUUUUUGUUUAAAGUAAAGAGAAAUUGUUGUGAUUAUAUAAUAUUUCUGAAGUUUUGGACUAGCAUUCCUUUAAAAUCCUUUACAUUAUAGUUUAAAGUUUGUUCAACCGCAUAGUGGUACCUGCUUCUGUGAUAAUAAAGUAAUUAUAGAAAAUGUCA